UUAAGCGGAAUCAUGUCUCUCGUGCAGCCAGAAAUGCGCCCCCAUUACCCAGACUACGCCACGGCGCCCACCCAGCACCACUUCAGCCCCUACGCCGACAACGGCGGGAGCGUGGUGGCUAUCGCCGGCGACGACUUCGUCGUAAUCGGGGCCGACACUCGUCUCAGCGCCGGCUUCUCCAUCUACACGCGCGACCAGAACAAGCUGUUCCGUCUUUCGGACACCACAGUCCUUGGUUGUUCCGGGUGCUGGUGCGACACCCUCACUCUCACGCGGAUUUUGACGGCGCGGAUGCAGAUGUACCAGCAGGAGCACAACAAGGUGAUGACGACGCCCGCGUGCGCCCAGAUGCUGUCGACGAUGCUGUACUACAAGAGGUUUUUCCCGUACUACAUCUCGAAUAUUCUCGUGGGGCUGGAUAACGAGGGGAAAGGCUGCGUGUACAGUUACGACCCGAUCGGGCAUUGUGAGAAGGCCACGUACAGAGCGGGGGGCUCGGCUGGAGCGUUGUUGCAACCGCUGCUGGAUAAUCAGAUCGGGUUGAAGAACAUGCAGAAUGUGGGGGAUAGUAAGUUGAGCUUGGAGAGGGCCCUGGCGGUGCUGAAGGACGUGUUUAUUUCGGCGGCGGAGAGAGAUAUUUUUACAGGUGAUAGUAUUUUGAUUAAUGUUAUUACGAAGGAUGGGAUUCAGGAUUACAGCUUCCAGUUGAGGAAGGAUUAAGUGGAGGUUUUGUAAUCAUAAAUUUGGAAAGUAGGCGGGUGUAGGUGCCCGGUUUUAUACAAAAAAUACAGUUAUUAAGUAUG